GGAGGCGCCGCUCUGCUUCCUCAGCGUAUGCCUCAUGCAGCGCGCGGGGCAGUGCUCUCGCGAGACCUCCGGCGGGGUAUAAAUAGCCAGCGGCGGGACGGUGCGGCCUUCUACUCUGAGAGAACACCAAAUGGCGGACGACGCCGGUGCUGCCGGAGGUGCAGGAGCGGCCCGAGGGGGCUUCCGCGGCGGCUUUGGGACCGGGCUGCGGGGCCGCGGGCGAGGUCGCGGUAGGGGCCGAGGGAGGGGCCGCGGGGCCCGUGGAGGCAAGGCCGAAGAUAAGGAAUGGAUUCCUGUCACCAAGCUUGGUCGCCUGGUCAAGGAUAUGAAGAUCAAGUCUCUUGAGGAGAUCUAUCUCUUCUCGCUUCCAAUCAAGGAAUCAGAGAUCAUCGAUUUCUUCCUGGGGUCUUCUCUGAAAGAUGAGGUUUUGAAGAUCAUGCCUGUCCAGAAACAGACCCGUGCUGGUCAGCGUACCAGGUUUAAGGCUUUUGUUGCUAUCGGGGACUACAACGGCCACGUUGGUCUUGGUGUCAAAUGCUCUAAAGAAGUCGCCACUGCUAUUCGUGGGGCCAUCAUUUUGGCCAAGUUAUCCAUCGUGCCAGUACGACGAGGCUACUGGGGGAACAAGAUCGGCAAGCCCCACACCGUGCCUUGCAAGGUGACCGGCCGCUGUGGCUCUGUCCUGGUGCGUCUGAUCCCGGCCCCCCGUGGGACAGGGAUUGUGUCUGCCCCUGUCCCCAAGAAGCUGCUGAUGAUGGCGGGUAUCGACGACUGUUACACCUCAGCCAGGGGCUGCACUGCCACCCUCGGGAACUUUGCUAAAGCCACCUUCGAUGCCAUCUCCAAGACCUACAGUUAUCUGACCCCUGACCUCUGGAAAGAGACUGUCUUCACCAAGUCUCCUUACCAGGUAAGAGCAUUUCUGCACUUUGCAGCUCAAAUCCUACCCUUCCCACCCUGAAAAGUUCAGAUGCUG